GAACGAUUAUCCUGUAUACGAAGUACCUCUAAUACGAACUGCGAUGCCACUGCAAGAUCGUACCAACGAAUUCCGCGCCUGUGUAGAGUCGAUACGGAACCGCUCGUCUCUACCGGCCAGAGCAGAGGCAAGGCAGCGACUGUUGCAGUCGCAGGCGAAGGAUGGGAGCGAUAAGUCGGAUUUCACGCGAAUUGCAUCUGCCAUCGCGAGGGACAUUAGCAGUACGACCAUUAAGUUGGGCAAGUUGGCUCAGCUUGCAAAGCGCAAGACACUGUUCGACGACCGGCCAGUCGAAAUCAGCGAGCUUACAUAUAUCAUCAAGCAGGACAUUGCCAACCUCAACAAGCAGAUUGCCUCCUUACAGGGCUACGUGAAGCAACGAAACUCGCAGGGCGGGUCCAAAUCCCAUGAAGCCAAGCAGAUAGAAGAGCAUCAGCACAAUGUUGUCAUGCUGCUUCAGAGCAAGUUGGCGGACAUUAGUAUGGCUUUCAAAGACGUAUUGGAGAUACGAACACAAAACAUGAAAGAAUCAAAAGACCGCACAGAACAGUUCAUGCAUUCCACGUCAGCCGCAGCAAGCCAGGCACCCUCGAAUUCAGUUCUCUUCGGAAACACUCAGAGGCACGACCCAAUGGGCGACGGGUCUGCCUUGGGAGUACCCCGCUUUGAUCCCAAGGGCAAGAGCCGGGCCGCUACUCCCAGUAACGGUGAUAUUCUCGCGCUGGACCUUGGAGCGGCUGAGGAAGGAACCGCGACCCAGAAUGGCGACGCGUUUGUGCAGAUGCAACUCGUAGAGCAGCAGGAUUCCUAUAUCCAGUCUCGGUCAACGGCGAUCGAGUCUAUCGAAUCGACGAUCGCUGAACUGGGUCAAAUCUUCACUCAACUAGCGCAAAUGGUUGCGGAGCAGCGAGAGACCGUGCAACGCAUUGAUGCAGACACAGUAGACAUUGCGUCAAACGUCAGCGGAGCGCAGCGAGAGCUGCUCAAGUAUUAUGCGAGCAUCUCGAGCAACCGGUGGCUUAUGCUCAAGGUCUUUGGAGUGCUGAUCGUCUUCUUCCUCAUUUUUAUUCUAGUAUCGUAAGCCAUGACUGGGUCAUGUCAGUUCCAUUUAGAGCCCCCGUUUAGGAUAUGGACAUGCAUACAUAAUGUACCUGGAGUCUACUUAAUGCUAUGUUAUGCGGCGCGAUACCCUCUAAACCAUCUUGAUGCUGCAAGGCAAUCAGCCCACUGGUAUGGCGUUCAUACCAGUACCGAACGCUUUUGGUGGCUUCUUCGAGCCUCUCUUCUUCUUCCUGCCUUCGGCGUCGCCCUCUUCAGGUACCGACCAGGUACGCUUUUUGAUAGGUGCUUGCGUGACACCGGAGGUGGCAGAGUAUCGUUGAGGCCUUUCGAGGUCAAGCAUGCUCGUCUCGACGUCCAUGUUCUUGCGCUUGCCCUUCUCCAGCCUCUUUUUCCUCUGCUCGUGCAACUCCUUGUUUCGCUCCCUGACCUUCGUCAACCUCGCUUCGCUCUUUCCUCCGCCGCCCGCGGUCAACUCGACAUUGAUCAUGCGACCCUCAAGCUGGGACUGAUGCAGCUUCAGAGCCUGCUGCAAGCCACUUUUUGCACUGAACUCCAAGAAAGCGAAGCCCUUUGAUUUAUUUACGGACUUCCCCGCAGCCACUGGUUUCGACGUCAUAAGGCGUACGGUCGGCGGAGGGU